AUGAGCACGCGUGGCGGGGAACGCACAUGUUCUGAGGUGGCAAAGCAGGCUCGAGAGGCAUUUGACCGUGUGCAGAAACACUUGUCACUUGAUGAUGCUGCGCAUGCGGAUGGUGUACGAGCGAAAGCGCUUCAUGCCAUUUGUGAGACGCUACAAGAGGCGCACGACGAGAUCCGCCAAGCGAAUGAGACGGAUGUCCGUGAAGCGAAUGAGCUUGUGCGCCAGGGAAAGCUUUCUGCACAACUUGUAGCACGACUGGAUCUGUUCAGCAAGCGUGGGAAGUGGGAGUCAAUGAUCCAGGGUGUGGCGGAUGUCGCAUCGCUGCCGUCGCCACUAGACAUUUGUACACGAGCGACGCGUCUUGCUGCUGCACACCCAGGUGAUGAUGAACGCGAUGCUACAGGAGCACUGGAUCUAUACCGUGUGACAUGCCCUAUUGGUGUGCUGCUGUGCAUAUUUGAGGCGCGUCCUGAGGUCAUUGUGAACAUAGCGAGCCUGGCGAUCAAGUCGGGCAAUGCGGCUAUAUUGAAAGGCGGGAAGGAGUCGAAACACUCAGCGCAUGUACUGUCGCGAUGCAUAUCUCAGGCUCUUGCAAAGAGUGGCAUGCCAGCGCAUCUGAUCCAAAUGGUCGAAUCGCGCGAGGAAAUCCAAUCGCUCCUGCACGAGGAAAAGUACAUCAACCUGGUGAUUCCUCGUGGGUCCAGUGAGCUUGUGCGACAUAUUCAGCGGGAGGCACGCAUGCCGGUGAUGGGCCAUGCAGAUGGCCUGUGUACUGCGUACGUCCACAGCGAUGCGCCUGAGAAGCUCGCGAUCGAGACGGUCCUGGAUGCCAAGCUCGACUAUCCGAGUGCAUGCAAUGCCAUCGAGACACUUCUCGUCCACCGCGCGCACUUGUCAUCAGCGGGGCUGUGGCCCAAACUCGCGCGCGCAUUGAUCUGCGCGGGUGUGCGGCUCCAUUGUGAUGAGGCAUCGCGUGCGAGUGUUCUGUCGAGUGGACUCUCGGAAGCUGAGGCGAACUUGGUCCUGUGCGCGACGCCCGCCGACUUUGACACCGAGUUCCUUGACUUGGACCUGGCCGUGCGUGUCGUCGACAGUGUUGACGAGGCCGUGGAACACAUCCAACAGCACGGCUCCGGGCACACCGAAACAAUUCUUUGUGCGCCGCUCAGCAGCAACGACCAUGGUACGAGCGCUUCAUCGAUGCCUCCUGCAGCCAAGGACGAGGACACGUACGCGCAGCAUUCGGCUGCCGAGAUCUUCACGCGCUCCUUGUCGUCCUCGAGCGUCUAUGUCAAUGCAUCAACACGCUUCGCUGAUGGAUUCCGCUAUGGCUUUGGCACCGAAGUGGGCAUAAGCACAGGUCGGAUUCAUGCUCGAGGACCUGUGGGCCUCGAGGGCCUCGUUACGUACAAGUAUGUGCUGCGAUCGUCAGGCGGCGGCGCUCAGACCGCCAGCGCAUUCGCACCGGGUGAGCACCAGCGUCGAUGGGCGCAUGAGCCGAUCGAGGCUGUGUACCCGACGCUGUAG